AUGAGUACUCUCUCAGAAGCCUAUGCAGACAGUCCUCUCCACCUUCAACAUAUCAUACCUAUGGACUUUGAAUCUGUCCAAACAGUCCCUGACUCUCACUCAUGGCCUCAGAUCACCGAUUUCCCACCUGCAGUUCGCUCCGAUGAAGAAUUAACGAUUCCGAUCAUCGAUUUGACUGCUCCCCACGUGGUGGAACUCGUCGGAGACGCAUGUCGGACGUGGGGAAUGUUUCAGGUCACCGGCCACGGAGUUCCGUCGAUCCUUUUGGAGGAUGUUGAGUCUGAGGCACGACGACUUUUUGAGCUACCUGCUCGGCAGAAGAUAAAGGCGUUGCGUUCGCCAGGUGGUGCCACCGGUUAUGGCGCUGCUCGGAUAGCUCCGUUUUUCUCCAAGAAUAUGUGGCAUGAAGGGUUCACCAUCAUGGGUUCUUCAGUUGAUCAUGCUAGAGAGUUAUGGCCUCAUGAUUAUAAACGUUUCUGUGAUGCAAUGGAUGAUUAUCAAAAGAAGAUGAAAGUUCUAUCAUACAAACUCUGGCUACUAAUCCUCAAAUCCUUGGAUAUAACCGAAGAACAGGUGAACUGGUCAUCUUCUGAUGGUGCACUCCAACUAAACUCGUACCCUUGCUGCCCAGAUCCAAAUCGAGCCAUCGGUCUAGCCCCUCACACAGACACACUGCUCCUCACCAUCCUCCACCAAAGCAACAGCAAUGGCCUCCAAAUCUUCCGAGAUGGAGUCGGGUGGGUUUCGGUGUCUCCUCUCUCCGGUGCACUUGUAGUUAACGCCGGAGAUCUUCUCCAUAUCGUGUCGAAUGGUCGGUUUUCAACUGCUUAUCAUCGGGUGAUGGCAAACCAGGCCUGCCAUCGAGUGUCCAUCGCCUACUUCUAUGGCCCCCCGGCUGAGUCCCUGAUGGUGCCGGUUUGUGAGACGCAGUUUCCACUUUAUCGUUCUUUGACAGUGAAAGAGUACAUUAGUAUCAAAGCCAAGCACCUUGAGAAGGCACUUUUAUUGAUUAGAAUAUAG